CUGCGGGAGCGCCGGCGAGCCGGAGCCGAGGGCGGACGGUGCAGCCGCUGAGCCAUGUACGGCGUCUGUGGAUGCUGCGGAGCCCUGCGUCCCCGUUACAAGCGGCUCGUUGACAACAUCUUCCCCGAGGAUCCGGAGGACGGGCUGGUGAAGACCAACAUGGAGAAGCUGACCUUCUACGCCCUCUCUGCUCCUGAGAAGCUGGACCGCAUUGGCGCCUACCUGUCGGAGAAGCUGAUCAGAGACGUGAGCAGGCACCGAUACGGGUACGUGUGCAUCGCGAUGGAGGCCCUGGACCAGCUGCUGAUGGCCUGCCACUGCCAGAGCAUCAACCUCUUCGUGGAGAGCUUCCUGAAGAUGGUGGCCAAGCUGCUCGAGUCCGAGAAGCCCGACCUGCAAAUCCUCGGCACCAAUUCGUUCGUGAAGUUUGCGAACAUCGAGGAGGACACCCCUUCCUACCACCGGAGCUACGACUUCUUCGUCUCGCGCUUCAGCGAAAUGUGCCACUCCAGCCACGACGACCCGGACACCCGGACAAAGAUCCGCAUGUCCGGCAUCAAAGGCCUGCAGGGGGUGGUCCGGAAGACCGUGAACGACGAGCUGCAGGCGAACAUCUGGGACCCGCAGCACAUGGACAAGAUCGUGCCGUCGCUGCUCUUCAACCUCCAGCACGUGGAGGAGGCCGAAAGCCGCUCGCCGUCGCCCUUGCAGACCACCGAGAAGGAGAAGGAGAACCCGGCGGAGCUGGCCGAGCGGUGCCUGCGGGAGCUCCUGGGCCGGGCGGCUUACGGCAACAUCAAGAACGCCAUCCGGCCCGUGCUGAUUCACCUGGACAACCAUUCCCUGUGGGAGCCAAAGACGUUCGCAAUUCGCUGCUUCAAGAUCAUCAUGUAUUCAAUCCAGCCGCAGCACUCCCACCUGGUGAUCCAGCAGCUGCUGAGCCACCUGGACACCAACAGCAAGAGCGCCGCCACCGUGCGCGCCGGCAUCGUCGAGGUCCUCUCCGAGGCGGCCAUCAUCGCGGCCUCCGGCUCUGUUGGGCCCACCGUGCUGGAGGUCUUCAACACCCUCCUGCGGCAGCUGCGGCUGAGCAUCGACUAUGCGCUCACGGGCAGCUACGACUGCGCCGUGGCCGGCGGCACGAAGAUCAUCAAGGAGCACGAGGAGAGGAUGUUCCAGGAGGCCGUCAUCAAGACCACAGGUUCCUUUGCCAGCACCCUGCCCACCUACCAGAGGUCGGAGGUCAUGCUCUUUAUCAUGAGCAAGGUCCCGCUCCCAUCUCUGCACCACCCUCUUGACGCGGGCAAGGCUGGGGAGAACAGGAACCGCCUGACCCAGGUCAUGCUGCUGAAAUCGCUGCUGCAGGUCUCCACCGGCUUCCGGUGCGGCAACAUGCUGACGGCGCUGCCCAGCUCCUUCCUGGACCGGCUCCUGUCGGCGGCCCUGAUGGAGGACGCGGAGAUCCGUCUCUUCGUCCUGCAGAUCCUCAUCGGCUUCAUCGACCGCCACGGGAACAAGCACAAGUUCCAGACGAUCAGCACCCUGAGCGACAUCUCCGUCCUGAAGCUGAAAGUGGACAAGUGUUCCCGACAGGACACCGUCUUCAUGAAGAAGCAUGCUCAGCAGCUCUACCGGCACAUUUACCUGGCCUGCAAGGAGGCGGACAACGGGCGCGCCCACUACGAGGCCCUCUACAGCCUGCUGGCCCUCAUCAGCAUCGAGCUGGCCAACGAGGAGGUGGUGGUGGACCUGAUCCGGCUGGUGCUGGCCAUGCAAGAGCUGGCCCAGGUGAACGAGGACGGCCUGCCGCUGUACAGCCGCUGCGCCCUCUACGCCCUCGGCGCCGCCUACCUGAACCUGAUCAGCCAGCUGACCACCGUGCCCGCCUUCUGCCAGCACAUCCACGAGGUCAUUGAGAUGAGGCAGAAGGAGGCGCCGUACCUGCUCCCCGAAGGCGUGUUUGCAGAGAAGCCCCGGCUGUCGAGGAACCUGGACCGCCUCGGCUCCGAGAUCCUCUUCCGGCAGAGCAAGAUCAGUGAGGUGCUGGGCGGGAGCGGCUACAAUUCGGACAGGCUCAGCACGCCUUACGUCCCGCAGCUGACAGAUGAAGAUCGACUUUCCAAGAGGAAGAGCAUUGGCGAAACCAUCUCCCUGCAGGUCGAGGUGGAGUCCAGGAACAGCCCUGAGAAAGAGGAGAGAGCGCCUGCUGAAGAGAUCACCUACGAAACACUGAAGAAAGCGAUCGUGGACAGCGUGGCCCAGGAGCAGGAGCGGGAGAGGCGGCGGCUGGUGGUGGAGAAGUUCCAGAAGGCGCCCUUCGAGGAGAUCGCGGCCCACUGCGGGGCCCGGGCGACGCUGCUCCAGAGCAAGCUGAACCAGAUAUUCGAGAUCACCAUACGGCCUCCCCCGAGCCCCUCGGGCACCGUCACGGCUGCUUACGGCCAGCCCCAAGCCCAUUCCAUCCCGGUGUACGAGAUGAAGUUCCCAGACCUCUGUGUGUACUGAGCAGCGGACGGCGUGCGGGACAGAGCCACGAGCAGCGUCACCCGGGGCCACGCGGGUUGCAGCCCUGCCCAGCUGCAUGAGCCACUUCGGGAGGAGACCCUCGGAUGCCUUCCAGACCCGGGGGGGGCAGCCCCCACGACCCACCCCUCUGGUCGUCCUCGCUCCCUCUCCUUCAUCGUUCUCCACUUGUUCCCAUCAUGCCAAAAGUCACAUCCAGAAACCCUUUUACAGAUGGGGUGGGGGGUGCCAGGGGGACCAUGUCGGCGCCCCCUUUUCUGAAGCUGUUUUAAACGUCUUGAAGGGUUGACUGUUUUCUCCCUCCAGUGAAAGUGUGUGUGGAUAAUCCAUUACAUAAAGUAAAUUUAUUCUCGGUG